AUGCUGAAUCCCGAUUUACUUGAUGAUUCUAUGGUGAAAGCGAAGCUGAAAAAUGGCGAAUUAGUAAUGGUUAUGAAUACUAAAUAUCGAACGUCAACAUGGUCUGAUCUUCGUCUUCUUGCCGAUGCUAAAUAUCCAGAAGCACCAUUAAUAGGAUGGGCAGUAAUCAGUAAACAUCGAUACCGUGAGAAGCGGUCAGCUACUCAACCAGUUUGUCGUUACAAUGGGCUGUUUGUCGAUGUUGUUGUGCUGCCUUUCGUACUCAUUCAAAGUCCAAUGACAAAGGGAAAAGAAAAAAUCAUGGGCUUCCAUCUUGCAUAA